AAAAUUGGAACGGAAUCGCUCGUUUAUUUCCGAUUGGUCGACCUCCCACCACGCUUUUCUCCCGUUCCGAUCUUUCAAUCUGUGUGUGCGACCGCGUUUCCUGAGAAACACAGAACAGAGCGCAGGAGAACGAAAAGUUUUUGAACCGUAAAAUACAGAAGCAAACUUGCGAUAUAAAGUAAAAAACAAAACAUCCACCAUCUCUGAAGAUAAAAUUGAAAAAAAAAAAAUGGAAGAAGCAACAGGUGCUUUAAAGGGGUACAAUAAAAGAACUCUCACCGUUAAAACACGAGAGGCUGCGGGAAAACUGUCGGACACCACGUUACUUAAUUCCUCUAUUUCAAGAAAUGUAACCACUCGAAACAGAAACACGACAUUAAACGACACUCGAGCGUCGAAAAUGCCAAGUAAAAAAAUUGCUUCGAGCAGACUGUCAAUUAUGCCGUCACAGUUGCCGGUAGAUAUUCAAAAGAAAAUUGAUGAUGAAAAGAAAGAGGUGGAACUCGGACUUCUGUACGAUGAAUAUCUACAAGCCAUGAUGACGGAUUUGAUAGUGAAGAGGAUGACGGAGGAGAAGAAGCAGCUAAUGGCCGCGCAAUUGGCCACUGUGGCUCAGGAGAUGGAUCAGGACAUGGAAAAACUGAUCAAGAUCACCAGAAGGAAACGUGACAUAGUGAGCUUGAGCUCGGCACAAAGAGAAACAGACAAGCAAUUGGCUGCGGUAACGAAAUGCACCAAGAACGAAACGUUUAGAAAUUUGAAAAAUGUACUGUCUAAGCUGGAAACCCUCCUGGAACCACUGAACGUGUUGCGAUGUAACGGCAUGAUACUUCCUCAAACCGAGGACGGGUGGAAAGACACUCAGGAAGUGUUGGCAAGAUGCUCGAACACCUUGAAAAAUAUCACAGAAAUAAUUGGUCCGAAUGGUGAAGCACUUUGCGCCGUCAAUACAGAGUUGAAGAAUUUGACUGAAACUUACAAUGAGAUAGAAAUUAUUCAAAAGAAGAUGGAAAAAGCACUUUGUCAUUUACAGGUGGCGAUAUUGAAAAAUGCUUUAUUUAAUUAAAUGGUGAUGUUAAAAAUGCUUCACUUUCCUUGAUACGAUGAAGGUCUUAAAAAACAAUUCUGUGAAAUUUGUAUAUUACGUGUGUUUGCACGUUACAAAGAAUGUAAAAUAUUUAAUUAAGAUGUUUUUGUCAUAAAAUUUGUAAUUUGCUUAAACUAUAAAUAAAACCAGCUGUUUUUACGUUUCUACA